GAGAGUGUGGGGACUGGCUUCCAAAUGCAGUUGUCACCUCCAUCUGUGCUGGACCUUGAAGGGCAUUAUAAUAAUACAGCUACCUGGCCUAAGUGAUUUCCUGUUACCCAUCAACGGCUUUUAAAAUUUUAGACAGGUUUUCAGGCCGUUCCUCUGAAUUAUGCCGAAAGUAGUGUCCCGAUCUGUAGUCUGCUCCGACACCCGGGACCGGGAGGAAUAUGACGACGGCGAGAAGCCCCUCCAUGUGUACUACUGUUUGUGUGGCCAGAUGGUCCUGGUGCUGGACUGUCAGUUAGAGAAAUUGCCCAUGAGGCCCCGGGACCGGUCCCGUGUGAUUGAUGCUGCCAAACACGCCCACAAGUUUUGUAACACCGAAGAUGAGGAGACAAUAUAUCUUCGGAGGCCUGAAGGCAUUGAACGACAGUACAGGAAGAAGUGUGCAAAGUGUGGACUGCCACUCUUCUACCAGUCCCAGCCGAAGAACGCUCCUGUGACCUUCAUUGUGGAUGGAGCAGUAGUCAAGUUUGGCCAGGGUUUUGGGAAAACGAAUAUAUAUACUCAGAAACAAGAGCCCCCUAAGAAGGUGAUGAUGACCAAACGGACUAAAGACAUGGGCAAGUUCAGCUCUGUCACUGUGUCUACCAUUGAUGAAGAGGAAGAGGAGAUUGAGGCUAGAGAAGUUGCUGACUCAUAUGCACAGAAUGCCAAAGUGAUCGAAAAACAGCUGGAGCGCAAAGGCAUGAGCAAGAGGCGACUGCAAGAGCUGGCUGAACUCGAAGCCAAGAAAGCAAAAAUGAAGGGUACCUUGAUUGACAACCAGUUCAAAUGACCAUGACCUUUCUCUGAGCACAGACUGGAGGCAAGCAUUUAGAUUAGGAAGGAAAGUAACUUCUUCAUUACAUGGACUGAUUCCUAUUUAUGUCCCAGCAGAAGGCUUUACGUUGCUUCUCAUAGAUUCUCCUACAUUCAGUGAGAUCUGUAACUGAGUCCAUUUGACCUGCUUCUCGGGAGAUGGACUUUUCUAAAUCUUUGGUGUAUAUAGGUUUUCUGUACUAUUUUUUGUCUAUUUGAUGCAAACUUCAGCUGUGUA